CAGCACGUCGCUCGAAAUUCCCCCUCGACAGGCAACAAAUAUAAGCUGAGACUGUGGCCGCAAUGGACGCGGUUCCUCCAUCCUCUCCACAUUGGAGUCAUCGCCAACACUCCGUUGCCCGCCACGCCCCCUCUUUGAGUUCCUGAUUUCAACCCAAUUCUCCGCGUCUCUCUCUCGAAGACGAAGAAGAAACACAAACACAGAGCGCGCUGCAGACCAUGGUUCUCCGCUCUCCUGCCCACGUGGUGCGCUCGGCUCGUCCGGCUCUCCUGAUGGCUAGGCCUAGAGCAACGCUGUCCAUGGCCUCACAAGUGUUUGCUCCCCUUGCGCUGAGGUCUCCGACCCCGCAACAAAAUCAGAGGCGCCAGAGCUCCCAUUCCCCAAUGGGGGCAGCACCUAUCAAUCCUAGAAAGCAGGUCACCGUCAAGACUCUGCAAUCGCUUUACAAGAAGAACGAGCCGAUCACCAUGAUGACCGCCCAUGAUUUCCCCAGCGCCCAUGUUGCGGAGGCGGCGGGCAUGGAGAUGAUUCUUGUUGGCGACAGCCUUGCCAUGGUUGCGUUGGGAAUGGCGGAUACGAGUGAGAUCGGCCUGGAGGAGAUGAUACUGCAUUGCCGGAGCGUCUCAAGGGCAGUCACAACAGCGUUCACUAUUGGAGAUAUGCCCAUGGGCUCUUACGAAAUAUCCCCAGAACAGGCCCUCCAGACAGCCAUUCGCCUCGUCAAAGAAGGCAGGGUACAGUCUGUAAAACUGGAAGGCGGAUCCGAUAUGGCACCGACAAUCAAGCGAAUAACCCAAGCCGGCAUUCCCGUCGUCGCCCACAUCGGUCUCACCCCACAACGGCAAAAUGCUCUGGGUGGCUUUCGCGUUCAGGGUAAAUCCACCGCGGAAGCGAUCAAAUUCUUCCACGAUGCGUUGGCUGUCCAGGAUGCCGGAGCAUUUAUGGUAGUUCUCGAAGCCGUUCCUGCCGAGGUUGCGAGCAUCGUCACCAAGAAACUGAAGAUACCUACAAUUGGUAUCGGCGCGGGUAAUGGUUGCUCGGGCCAAGUGCUCGUGCAGGUGGAUAUGGUUGGGAACUUCCCCCCAGGGAGAUUCCUGCCGAAAUUUGUGAAGAAGUAUGGCGAUGUGUGGGGUGAGAGUCUGAGGGCUAUCGAGCAGUACAGGAACGAAGUGAAGAGUCGAGAGUACCCGUCCAAGGAAUUUACAUAUCCUUCCGUGAAGGAAGACGUGGAAGAAUUCCAGAAGUUUGUCGAUGAGCAUCAUUGAUCCUUUCGCUGUCGUUGACGUGUUGCGAUGGAUCUGGUCUCGCGCCAUUCGUACAAUGACGUACAUACAUACAUACAUACAUUUUCUCUUUAAUACCCCUCUGUUGAUAACUUUUUACUUAUACUUUAUUCUUCUUGGA